AUCCCUUACCCACUUGUCUUAGAAUGGGACUCACUGAAUUCUGUGGGAAUUGCUUCUGGUUAGACAAACAUCAUAAUGUACCUGUUUUAAGAAGUCGUUGUCCAUGACACGUGCACGAUACGUGUUUUAAGAUGUGGUCCAAAGCACCACAUUGCAUAGGCUUCUCAAUCACUUAUAAAAGGGGAACGCUAGCAUAGCAUCGCACAGAACAACGGCCCAACCGAUACUCAUAAAUGAAAGUAUUUUUAUCCCCUCCCGCUCGAAUUCGUAAAAGCACUAAAUCAUCUUUUAUUCGGGGACGAAGUCAACUCCACCCUCCCUCAAUAACAAAUGGAGGAGCCCAAGCUCUUGGCGCAGAAAUAAACACUGGGAGCAACUACUUUGCGGAAGGGGGGGGAGCUCUGCGUCAUUGGUAAAAGAAAAAACCCGGCAGUUUGGAAGAAUUUGGCGGGCCUGGCCCGGAGGGCCGAGUUCCUGUCACAGGCGUGGCGCCUGGCUGGGAGGCAGGCAGGCAGGCAGCGCCCCACCAGCCCCGAGGGUUGGGGCCGCGGCGGAGAGCUGCUUCGGACGCUUUGCCGCUUCGGCGAAGGGGCAGCAAAGAUGUUGUCGCGCAGGUUGUUUUCAUUCAGCAAAGCCUGUCCUGUCUUGACUAGGAGUCUGACUUCCUCCACUGAUGGCUCUCAAGCUUCACUUCUUAUGAAGGAAGGGCAGUUACCCAUUCAUGUGAAUAAUGUGAGAAACAGAUUGAGAGAGAUAGUGGGAGCAUCCACCAAUUGGAGAGACCAUGUGCAAGCAAUGAAUGAAAGAAAAGCCUUACAUACACUUCUUGCCAAAACCCAAAGUGACCUGACCCCUCGGAAAAUGAGUGACAGCUAUAUAGAAGUUAUCCUACCUUUGGGGAGCCAGCCUGAAAUAAGAGAGAAGUAUCUCAAUGUGCAUAACACAGUCAGGUUUGGUCGAAUUCUUGAAGAUCUUGAUAGUUUAGGAGUUCUCAUUUGUUAUACUCACACAAAACAUGAUGCUACACAGAGAUCUCCUUUAUCAAUAGUUACAGCGCUGGUGGAUAAAAUUGGUUUAUGGAAGCAGCAUAUUUAUCCAGAUCGUGAUAUCAAAUUCACUGGGAAUGUUUCAUGGGUAGGAAAGACCUCAAUGGAAGUGAAGAUGCACAUGCUUCAGCAACAUGAUGAUAUCUAUGCCCCUGUGUUAGAUGCAACUUUUGUCAUGGUGGCCCGUGAUCCAGAAAACAAAAGGCCAGCAUUUGUGAAUCCAUUGAUUCUUGAAACUCCAGAGGAGGAAAAAAUAUUCAAGGAAGGAGAAAUGAACAAGAUCAGAAGAAUUGAUUCUAGUAAAGCCUCCUUGCUUAAAAUGGCUCCUACAGCAGAAGAAAGAAACAUUGUCCACAACUUAUUUCUUAAUACAUUGGACACAAGGACAAUGAGUUUUCGAAGUCGUGUGUUGCCACCCAACUCAGUGUGGAUGCAGGAUACGACUUUAAAGGGAUUGGAGAUCUGUCACCCACAGGAACGUAACAUUUUCAACAGAAUCUUUGGGGGAUUCCUCAUGAGAAAGGCAUAUGAACUUGGAUGGGCUUGUGCCUACAGUUAUGGAAACUUCAGGCCGUAUGUUGUGGCUGUAGAUGAUAUAAUGUUUCAAAAACCAGUUGAGAUUGGAUCCUUAUUGCUGCUUUCUUCCCAGGUAUGCUACACUGAAAAAAAUUACAUCCAAGUUCGAGUGUAUAGUGGAGUUUAUGAUCCAGAUUCCAGAAUCCACCAGACAACCAAUGUCUUCCAUUUCACAUUUAUGAUAGAAAAGGAGAUACCAAAUAUUGUCCCCAGGACAUAUGGAGAAUCCAUGUUAUAUUUAGAUGGGAAGCGGCAUUUUGAUUCUACUAUGAAAGAAAACAUGUGAUAUCACCAUACCAAAAUGCUACCUUUGGAAAGAGAUUGCCAUGGAAGCUUCUGGCACACUGUUUAUCAGAGAGAGGUGUGACGGGACAUGAGCUCAAAAUUAGUAUUAUGAUUUCAGAAGACUAUCUCAAAUUCAGAAAUACUCCAAAGCAUGUAAUUUUGUAUCUACAUAUUAUUGCUAUUUAUAUAAAUUAUGUUAGCUUGACUUUGA